AAUGUUCUUUAACAUCUUCUGUUGGGAGAAACUUAUGAUCAGUUAAUUGUUUUAUCUUCGUAUCUUCAUGUAAGUUUAAUUAUCUUUGAACUAAAACUAAGUUUUAGUUAUUGAUUUUGUUAUUUGUUUUAAUCCAUUGACCCAGUUUACUUAUUCAUUGUUACAUAAUUGAUCUUGACUAUCAUCUCACCACCAUGAAUAUAUUUGAAAAUCCAAUAAUCAGUGAGCAACAAUUGAAUAGUUUCGUCAAGGAUAUUGUUAAGGCUAAUAAAGGGGUACCACCGCCAUCACCGCCACUGCCACUGCCACCGCCCCAACCCCAAUCUCAACCUCAACCAAUUUGUGCUCCUUUUUCACCUAAAACCUUUGACCCAAUGGUUUAUAAGAAUCUUUCUGAUACUGCUGUUAAAUUUGGAUAUAAUUUUACUGUUGAAAAUGGUCAGUUUAGAUUUGGUCCACCACUUUCAUGGAAAAAAGAUCAACCAGCUCCUCGGAAAACGGAAAUUUUCAUCUGCCAAAUUCCUCGUCAACUUCCAAUGUUGGAUUUACUUUUAAUCUUGUUUAAGAUUGAAAAAUUUUUCGAUUUCAGAAUGAUGUUCAAUUUUUCUAAUUUGAAUAAAGGCUUUGCUUUCUGUAGGUUUUUCAAACCAGCAGAUGCAGUUAAAGCCAUAAAUAUACUUAAUGCUUACGAGUUGGAAAGAGGACGAGAUGGUCUACCAAUUAAAUUAGUUGUUUUACCUUCCGAAGAUAAAACAAUGUUAUCCAUUUAUCCUCUUCCAACUACUGUUACUCUCAAUCAAAUCAAUCAAUUGCUAAUCAAAUGUGAAAUUGAUGAAAACUCAAUCAAAAAUAUUGGUAAAGAUGAAAACACUUUUCGCCGAGGAGUUAAAUGGUUAAUUACAUUUGAUGAACAUCGAUCAGCAGCUUUGGCCAAAAGAAAAUUAAUGGCCUUUAAAAAUGCCUGGUCAUCUAAUUUUACUGUCUCAUUGCACUCAUCCGAUCAGGAGAAAUCAUCUCCACAAUCGACACCAACUCCAAUCACCACCGUCACCAGCAGUGUUCCUCCAAAUCGCAAGGCUUUACUUCCUUCACCACCUCCACUCAUACUUUCGUUACCCCGACCACUUACAUCGAAGAAGAAAAAAUUCCCAAAAUCAAAUGGUGGCUCUUGUUUUCCGGGACAACGGAACAUUGUCAAUUCUUACCGUCACGCUUUCGACCCAUCGAACAAAUUUUCAACAAAGUUCGAUGCUUUUAAUCCUUUGACUGCAUGUGGAUCAAGUUACUGAUCAAUUUGGGUAAGAGACGAUAAAUUUGCUCGAAAUUGUCUAUGAAUUUUUCUCCCUUUAAUUUUUUCCCAUCAAUUUUAAGUACUUAUUUAAUUUUAUCAACUCAUUAUACUGAAUUUAAGCGAUGAAAUAAAAGUAUUCAAUGCAUUCAUUACGAUUUAAUCCAAAAA